AUGCUCAUGGUGACGCAGGCGACCAUCACCACGGGUGUGGAUGUGCCAGGCACAGCCCGCCAUAAUACUUACGGCGCCAAUGGGAAACGUACUAGUGCGACAGUGUCACCACCAUUGCAAGAUGUCUCGAGCACAUCAUCGGAGAAGAAAAGGGGCAGUAAAUACCGACAUAUUGCGGCAUAUCAUUCAUCACUACGGACUUCGUGUCUAAGCACGGAUUCUACAGUCAACCCGAGCUUCAUUGGCUUUCGCAAUUUGAUGGUUAUUGUUUUGAUUGUUAUGAACCUCAGACUUGUUGUCGAGAAUUUCAUGAAGUAUGGUGUCCUUAUUUGUAUAAAAUGCCACGACUACAGAAAAAACGAUCUUUUCCUCGCUUCUAUACUCACUGCGCUCGUUCCGUGUCAUCUCUUUGUGGCAUAUAUCAUCGAACUGGCCGCUGCGCAACAGGCCAAGGGAGCUAUAGGCCGGAAAAAGAAGAGUGACAAUGUCGCUGCGCAAACAGAAAAGGAACAGCAGACCUUCCAGCUUACCUGGCGCUUUAUCGCUUUUGCGCAUACUGUCAAUGCCACGCUGUGCCUGGCUGUGACGAAUUUCGUGGUAUACUACUAUGUCCACCAUCCCGGUAUUGGAACUAUAUGUGAAUUGCAUGCUAUUAUCGUAUGGUUGAAGAACUGCUCGUACGCAUUCACCAAUCGCGAUCUACGACAUGCUAUGCUACAUCCAUCGGAGCAGUCAAAGCUUCCCGAGAUUUACUCUUCGUGUCCAUACCCUCAGAACAUUACUGUGGGCAACUUGACCUAUUUCUGGCUUGCGCCUACGCUGGUUUAUCAGCCCGUAUACCCGCGAACCGCGCAUAUCCGCUGGGGGUUUGUAGGAAAGCGGCUCGUCGAGUUUGUCGUGCUGUCUGUCUUUAUCUGGCUGACCUCGGCUCAAUAUGCUGCUCCCGUACUUCGCAAUUCUCUCGACAAGAUUGCCGUAUUGGACAUCACCUCCAUCCUUGAGCGUAUCAUGAAACUAUCGACAAUAUCCCUCGUGAUCUGGCUAGCAGGAUUCUAUGCGCUAUUCCAAUCACUCCUGAACGCGUUGGCCGAAGUCAUGCGUUUCGGCGAUCGCGAAUUUUAUUCAGAUUGGUGGAAUAGCUGGAGUGUUGGGAUGUACUGGCGGUCCUGGAACAAGCCUGUGUACUUGUUUAUGAAAAGACACAUUUUUUCUCCGCUGGUAGGAAGGGGAUGGAGUCCGUUUGCAGCGAGCACUAUGGUGUUUUUGUUCUCUGCUCUCUUACAUGAGUUGCUUGUGGGAAUACCUACCCACAAUCUCAUCGGCGUCGCCUUUGCAGGUAUGAUGUUUCAACUUCCAUUGAUUUCCGCAACUCUCCCAUUAGAACGAAUGGACGAUCCGACUACCAGGAUUAUUGGCAAUUCGGUAUUCUGGGUGACGUUUUGUCUAGUAGGCCAGCCUUUGGGCGCAUUGCUAUACUUUUUCGCCUGGCAGCCAAGUAUGGAAGUGUUAGCAAGAUGGCCAGUACAUAGGGCACGCCAAGGAUUAUGAUUUUAAUCAUAAUCAUAAUUAUAAUCAUCGAUGAUUAUGAUUUAUGAGAUUCCAAAAUAUUAUAAUCAUAAUCAUUGUGAUUAUGAUAAAUGACUAAUGAUUAAUAACUUAAUCAUGAUUAUUCUCGCGGGUAAUAAAAUCCCAA